AUGUCGCAAGGAGAGCAAGCACAAUCACGAGCAACGGGGAACUUGGCUGCUGUUCUCCUCGUAGGGAUCCUGCUCCAGCUCGCCGGCUGCAGCCCUCCACCGGAUCCGGUGACCUGCACGCAUGGCACGUCCAACUGCACGGUCACCAACACGUACGGCUCCUUCACGGACCGCACCAUCUGCCACGCGGCCAACGUCGUCUACCCGAGCACCGAGCAGGAGCUGGUCGCGGCCGUGGCGGCCGCGGCGUCGGCCAAACGCAAGAUGAAGGUGGCCACCAAGCACUCACACAGCGGCCCCAAGCUGGCGUGCCCCGGCGGCAGCCAGGGCACCAUCAUAAGCACCGCACGGCUGAACCGGACGGUUCGCAUCGACACCGAGAGGCAGCUCAUCACGGUGGAGAGCGGCAUGGUACUCCGGGACCUGAUCCAGGCCGCUGCCGCACCGGGGCUGUCACUGCCGCACUCGCCGUACUGGUACGGCCUAACCAUCGGCGGGCUCCUCGCGACGGGCGCGCAUGGGAGCGGGCUGUGGGGCAAGGGAGGCGCCGUGCACGAGUACGUGGUCGGUCUGAGGAUCGUGACGCCGGCGCCGGCGUGUCACGGGUUCGCCAUGGUGAGGGAGCUCGGCGCCGAUCACCCGGACCUGGACGCCGCCAAGGUCUCCCUUGGGGUCCUCGGCGUUGUCUCCCAGGUGACUCUGGCCCUGCAGCCGCUGUUCAAGCGGUCAGUGACGUUUGUGAGGCGCAACGACUCGGACUUCACGGCACGGGUGGCCGAGUGGGGCCGUCUUCACGAGUUCGCCGACAUGAUAUGGCUGCCGCAGCACGGCAGCGUCAUCUACCGCCAGGACGACCGCGUCGACGUCGCGACACCCGGGAAUGGGCUCAGCGAUCUGGCCCUUUUUCGUUCCAACCCCACAGCCCUGCUUGUCCGCGUAAGAGCCGCAGAGGAGCGGUUGCAGGAGAACGGCACUGACAUCGCCCGGUGCGCGGCGGAGCAGGAGGCGGCCACGAGACAGCUGCCGGCCUUGGGCUUCACGAACGACGGCGUCUCCUUCACGGGGUACCCGAUUGUGGGGUACCAGCAUCGCAUCCAGGCGUCCGGCUCAUGCAUCGAUGGCCCAGAGGAUGGCCUCCUCUCCUCCUGCGCCUGGGACCCGCGCAUCCGAGGUACCUUCCUGUACAACUCCGGCUUCAGCGUCCCACUCUCUAAGGUGUCGGCAUUCGUCGCCGACAUGCAACGGCUCCGGGACCUCAAACCGGCCGCGUUUUGUGCCCUCCUUCGUGCGGGUGUUGUCCUCCGCUACGUCAAGGCGUCCUCCGCGUACGUCGGCAAGCCCGAGGACUCUGUUGACGUCGACAUCAUCUUCUACCGCAGCCACACCGACGGCAUGCCGCGCGCCCACGCCGACGUGCUGGACGAGAUUGAGCAGAUGGCGUUGGGUAAGUACGGCGGCCUGCCGCACUGGGGUAAGAACCGCAACUUCGCCUUCGACGGUGUCAUCGCAAGGUACCCGAAAGCCCAUAAGUUCCUUAAGGUAAAGAAUAUGUACGACCCCGACGGGCUCUUCUCCAGCGAGUGGACCGACCAAGUGCUCGGCGUCAACGGGACCCCCAACAUCAUUAAGAAGCGUUGCGCCAUUGAAGGACUAUGUGUCUGCUCUGACGACUUGCACUGUGCGCCAGAACAGGGGUACUUCUGCCGGCCAGGGAAGGUUUACACGAAGGCAAGAGUUUGCUCCUCCACCGAGGAUUAUUAGAGAUGACGGCACCACUAGUUUUCUUUCCAGUUAGCAAAAUAAACGGCCAUGUCAAUGUGUGCAUGUACGCUGGAUGUGGCCCGGUAGUUUUUCAGUUAGUAGUUAGUAGCUUGGGAUAGCAUGCAGAGCAGCUCACGGCACGCACGCAUCACCCGCAUGGCGAGUGUCGUGGGAUGGCACCACCGGUGAGCUCGCGUGCGUGGUUGAUCUUUCCCUCUAUAAGUUCAGUACAAAUAAGAGGAAUGAGAUAGAGAAAAGCC